AUGCCAGGGACUUUGGCGCUGCUUUCAGUUCUGUUCAGUCUCCUCUACAUCACCGAGGGGCAAACGUUCAACUGGGGGCGAUGUCCAGAUCCACCAGUCCAGGAGAACUUUGAUGUUACCAAGUAUGUUGGGAAAUGGUAUGAAAUUGAAAAGCUGCCUGCGAGCUUUGAGAAGGGAAUCUGCAUCCAGGCCAAUUACUCACUGAAGGAAAAUGGGAAGAUUAAAGUGAUAAAUCAAGAGCUCCGCUCUGAUGGCACAAUUAAUCUAAUCGAGGGGGAAGCUGUCCAGAGAGAUGGUGAGCCGGCCAAGCUGAGUGUCAGCUUUUACUGGGCCAUGCCCUCUAGCCCUUACUGGGUACUCGCCACUGACUAUGAAAACUACUCCAUGGUGUAUUCCUGCACUACUUUUAUCUGGCUCUUCCACAUUGAAUAUGCCUGGAUUCUGUCAAGAACUCCACAGCUGCAGUCAGAAACUGUGGAACGUCUGAAGAACCUUCUCCGCUCCUACAAGAUUGACACUGAGAAAAUUAGGCCAACUGAUCAAAUGAAUUGUCCUCCUGAGAUGUAG